AGAGGAGAAUCCGGAGGCGGAGAGAGAGAAGAUUGGGUCAUUUAGAUACGGGAAGGUCCACGUAACUCCCGUGCUCCUCUUGAGUUCUCUCCCCAUUAUUAUCGCUCUCUGCCCAGUUUUUUUUUUCUCGAUUACGAUCAGAGAUUAGAAAAAAAUGGAGAUGAAGAUUCUGGAUUACACUCUAAUACCGAUGGGGAUGAUGGUGAUGGUGGUUUACCAUCUAUGGCUUCUCCGCCGCAUAGUUCGCCGUCCUUCCUCCACCAUCGUCGGCCUCAAUGUCAUCAAUCGCCGCCUCUGGGUCCAGGCCAUGAUGGAGGACGUAUCCAAGAACGGCGUUUUGGCAGUGCAAACACUCAGAAACAACAUAAUGGCGUCGACCCUUUUGGCCUCGACAGCCAUAAUGUUGACUUCACUCAUCGCUGUCUUGAUGACAAGUGGAUCCGGUCAACGCUCGGGUUGGUACGUAUUGGGAGACAAAAGCGACCUAGCCUUCUCCAUCAAGUUCUUCUCCAUCCUCGUAUGCUUCCUCGUCGCUUUCCUCUUCAACGUUCAGUCCAUUCGUUACUACAGCCAUGCAAGCGUCCUCAUCAACGUCCCCUCCAAACACAUCAUCUCAUCACCGAUGUCUCUGUCGUCCAAACCCAAUAUCGGUCACGACCUAGACUACGUGGCUUCGACCGUGAACCGUGGAAGCUAUUUCUGGUCGCUAGGGUUACGGGCUUUCUACUUCUCCUUCCCUCUUUUCCUGUGGAUCUUCGGCCCCAUCCCCAUGUUCUGCAGCAGCUGCGUUCUCGUCUUCCUGUUGUAUUUUCUGGAUGUCGCGUUCGAGUUCAAGGCCGUUGGAGUUACAGACGCAGAGGAGAUGGAGAGAUUAGAAGAAGCUCAUCAGAGUGUCUAAUUAAGUCAGCUAACUGCAAACUGCAAUGUUAUGGUCAACACAUAUGCAUGCAGACUGGACUCUCAAUGGUCCCGUUAGAGUUCCAUUGACAUCUAUAUCUGAGUUUUUGAUCUUACAUAUGAUGUCCUGACUCAGGUUCAAUGAUAGUUGAACAGGGUCAUAAUGUCUGAUAAAUAAAGAAGCAUUUGGGGAUCCGCAAAAUUACGAUUUGUUUUUCUUAUAGUUGAUUCGAAAAUCGAAAUGGCCCCAUCUCGAAGCAGCAGGGUGAGAAAAUGGGCGAGGAAAGGUUUGGCCCUUUGGCUGCUGCUGUUACUGAAUGUGUCGGUUCAGAUUUAUCUUGGUUCGUGUCCGGUUAAAUGUUUCGGUUUAGUGUUGAAUAAGUCUAAGACUUAUGUAGUC